CUUUAAUGACUGAUUAAAACAUUCCAAUUUAUAGAAGGGGAGUUGAGGAAGUUGUGAAAAAAUCAGUAGAUGAAUAUGGAAAGUAGAAAUGGGAUAUUGAACAUAAAAUCUUUGAUAAAGUAAGUUUACAAUAAUUAAUUAGUAAGAACGUGAGGAUGAAGAAUAUGAUAAGAAUAACCCUAGAUAUACAAAAUCAUUAUAAGCUCGUACUGACUCUGUGGGCAUUGAUGAAUAAAUUGGAAAAAAGAGGAAUGUAGUCAAAGAGGGAUUAAAAAAAGAUUAAAGCGGUUUUUAUUGUGAAUUAUGUGAUGAAUUGGCUACAGAUAGUUUAUCAUGGUUAGAUCAUUUAAAUUCUAUAAUGCACAAUCGAUUACUUGGAAUGAAUAUGAAAGUUGAUAAAGUGAAAGCUGUGGAUGUAAAGGAAAAAUUAUAAUAAAUUAAAGAGUCAACUACUAAAAGUUAAACUCAAGUAUAAGAAAAACCUAAAUCAAUAGAAGAAAUUAGAAAAUAGUUAGAAGAAUAAUUGUAAAAGAAAAAAGAAAAGAAAUUAAAAAAAUAAUAGAGCAAAUAGUAGGACACUAUGAAAAUGAAUGAUUAAUAAGAAAUAGAUGUAGAUGAUUUAAAAUUAAAGUAAUUUUUAAAAAAAUGA